GGAAUCUGUGCUAGUGGUGGGAGUCUUGGGCCAGGUGGUGGGUAGGGCAGAAGUGGUAAGGCCCACCUCACACAAGAGAAAGAUAGGAAGGCAGGUCUUUCCCAAGACCAUAGUGGUGGAUACUGGAAUAGGAGGAAGUAGUGAUAGUGUUGGGGGUGGGGAUGCCGGAAAGGCAAAGGAGCAAUAGAGAAGUGGUCAGAAGCCAGAGGAAGAAGCAGAUGAGAGAUAUACCAAUGGGGCCAACCCUACCCCUGAAAAGACUUGGGAGAGAAGGGAAAAGGUCUUGGGAUUAAUCUGUCCUCACUGACACUGUCCCUGGCCUUAGGGUCCUCAUUUGGGACCAGGCCAGAGAACUGAACCAGCCCAGCAAGCUGUGCCUGUCUGUGACAGUCACCACUUCCCUGAUGUGUGGGAGAAGGGCUGCCACUGGCUGUUAGCAAGUCCUCUGAAAUUCCCCAAGGAGUUAGGAUUGUUUUCUCUGGAGAAGAGAAGCCUUGGAGGACAGAGCAAAUGAAUCUUCCUCUCUCUGAAUUCUUGUAGAAAGUACAAUGGCCUUUGUCCAGUUGAGUUGAGGAAAGUACAAUUAGCCAAUAUGAAUGGCACUGCUGCCCAGGAUGGAUUUAGAGUGACCACAAAAUUUCUCAGGAGUUGAGGACUUUUCUUCCCCCAGGGGAGCAGCCUUGGUUCUGAGCCUAGUGGGAGAUUAGCUGGGAACUGGGAAUGAGGGGCCUGCGAUUGGGGAUGUGGAUGGAGCAGUAAGUCUCCAGCUUGAUGAGAUCUUAGGAGCCAGCAGGCCUACCCCUUCCCUUUGACCGGCAGGAGCUGCCGCCUUCCCCACUUACUCUUUUAGGUUUUCCAGGCUCCUGAGCUUCAGGCUCCGCAUCAGGAGAGGGACGGCAGCCUUCUCUGUGGAGGGGAGGUUAAGAACAACUCCAGUCCAGGAAUCUAUCUGUUGGCUGGGAUCUUCAGCCUUUUUGUUCUGACUUCUACCUACUGCUGGUCUCCCCAGCCUAGGAUGGCGGGCAGCGGGAAGAUGAUUUCAUGGUGUGCAGAGCACUUGACUUAGAGUCACAUAGGCCUGGACUUCUAUUGCUCCCCAGCUAGGUAACCUUGGGCCAGUGACAGCUCCAUCUCUGAACUUCUAGUUUCUCAUCGGUAAAGACAGUGGGAUGAACUGGGGAUCUCCAAGCUAUCCAGCUAGAUUACUAAAAUAAAAAGGGUUUUAUAUUCUACUAAAAUAAAUUUUAGCAAAGUACAUCAAGUAGGUGAAAUUGAUCCUUGAUCCAGCCUCUCUUUUCCAUUUUGUGAGCCUGUCUUUCCUUUGGUGCCUGCCCUCAGCCCCUCCUAGCCCUUUCUUGCUCUCAGCAGGCACACAACUCAUUCAGAGCACUCCUCCCUCCUGAUAGUAGUUAAACUUUAGUACCUGCUGGUUGAGAAAAAUACAUUCAGUAACUCUUAAAAGGAUCUGUGUAAUGUAAAAAUAUCUGGUACCUGGCACCAAGAUACGUUUAAAAAAGUAUAGGCCAUCUAGGAAAGAGAUUAUUCACUGUCUCCACAGCCAUGACUAGGUGCUUCUUAUAGAUUCCCAAACCCCUCACAUCUGAGUUCCUGAGUGAAGUCUGGAACCCUGGGCCCUGGCACCUGCCCCUUCCCCACAUGCCUUCACAGGAAACACUGAGUAAAUGAAGUGUCUCAAAGGUCAGUGGCUGCCAACUCAGAGGUCAGAGGUUGCCUGGGUUGGGAGGACAAGACUGUGAGCGUCCUCAAUGAGGGAGCCUGAAUGGCAGCUUGUGAAAACUACAGACGCUCGGACCCCACCCCUGGAAACUCUGAGUCAGUACGUCUGGGCGGGCCCCAGCGUAUUUCAGUUUCACCAGCUCCCCAGGUGACUCUGGUGCUCAGCCAGAGCUAACGUAACAGAGAGAUCAAGAGUGGGGCUUUAGGGUCAGGCUUCCAGUAAGAUGCGUAACCUCCCCAGGCCUUGAUUUCCUCCUCUGUGAAAGGAAGAUAAUGAGAGUCCCUGCCUCCAGAGCUGAGGAUUGAUGAAAUCAGCCCAGUGAGCUCCUGAGCAUUCUGGCCUCCACCCCUGCCAUUUCCUUCCCAGCCUGACCCUCCCCUGGUCACACCUUCUCACCACUUCUAGCCACAACCGGCACCCAGGCACAGGAAGCCUGGCAGUCUGAGGUCUACCGAGCUCUCUGGGGAAGAGGCCCUGAGCCCUGAGUGUCUGGAGCCUUAAUUGCUUCUGGCCCUGACACCUGAUGGCUCACAGGGAGCGGAGCCUCUGUCCUGGACCCCUCAGAUUCCACUGGCAAAAGGUACAGGUGCUGUCCCACAACCUGUACACAGUCCUGCACAUCCCCCAUGACCCUGUGGCUCUGGAGGAGCACUUCCGAGAUGAUGACGAUGGCCCCGUGUCCAGCCAGGGGUACAUGCCCUACCUCAACAAGUACAUCCUGGACAAGGUGGAGGAGGGGGCUUUCGUUAAGGAGCACUUUGAUGAGCUGUGUUGGACCCUGACGGCCAAGAAGAACUAUCGGGUGGACAGCAACGGGAACAGCAUGCUCUCCAAUGAGGAUGCCUUCCGCCUCUGGUGCCUCUUCAACUUCCUGUCUGAGGACAAGUACCCUCUGAUCAUGGUUCCUGAUGAGGUGGAAUACCUGCUGAAGAAGGUGCUCAGCAGCAUGAGCUUGGAGGUGGGCUUGGGAGAGCUGGAGGAGCUGCUGGCCCAGGAAGCCCAGGCGGCCCAGACCAGCGGAGGGCUCAGCGUCUGGCAGUUCCUGGAGCUCUUCAACUCAGGGCGCUGCCUUCGAGGUGUGGGGCGGGACACUCUCAGCAUGGCCAUCCAUGAGGUCUACCAGGAGCUCAUCCAAGACGUCCUAAAGCAGGGCUACCUGUGGAAGCGAGGGCACCUGCGGAGGAACUGGACAGAACGCUGGUUCCAGCUGCAGCCCAGCUGCCUCUGCUAUUUUGGGAGUGAAGAGUGCAAGGAGAAAAGGGGCACCAUCCCACUGGAUGCACAGUGCUGCGUGGAGGUACUGCCGGACAGAGAGGGGAAGCGCUGCAUGUUCUGUGUGAAGACAGCCUCCCGCACGUACGAGAUGAGCGCCUCGGACACGCGCCAGCGCCAGGAAUGGACAGCUGCCAUCCAGACCGCGAUCCGGCUGCAGGCGGAGGGGAAGACGUCGUUGCACAAGGACCUGAAGCAGAAGCGGCGCGAGCAACGGGAGCAGCGGGAGCGGCGCCGGGCAGCCAAGGAGGAGGAGCUGCUGCGGCUGCAGCAGCUGCAGGAGGAGAAGGAGCGGAAGCUGCAGGAGCUGGAGCUGCUACAGGAGGCGCAGCGGCAGGCCGAGCGCCUGUUGCAGGAGGAGGAGGAGCGACGCCGCACCCAGCACCGCGAGCUGCAGCAGGCGCUGGAGGGCCAGUUGCGUGAGGCGGAGCAGGCCCGGGCCUCCAUGCAGGCUGAGAUGGAACUGAAGAAGGAGGAGGCUGCCCGGCAGCGGCAGCGCAUCCAAGAGCUGGAAGAGAUGCAGCAGAGGCUUCAGGAGGCCCUGCAACUGGAGGUGAAAGCGCGGCGGGAUGAGGAGGCCGUGCGCCUGGCCCAGACCAGACUGCUGGAGGAAGAGGAGGACAAGCUGAAGCAGCUGCUGCAGCUGAAGGAGGAGCAGGAGCGCUACAUCGAGCGGGCGCAGCAGGAGAAGCAGGAGCUGCAGCAGGAGAUGGCGCAGCAGAGCCGCUCCCUGCAGCGAGCCCAGCAGCAGCUGGAGGAGGUGCGGCAGAACCGGCAGAGGGCCGACGAGGACGUGGAGGCUGCCCAGAAGAAGCUGCGCCAGGCCAGCACCAAUGUGAAACACUGGAAUGUUCAGAUGAACCGGCUCAUGCAUCCAAUUGAGCCGGGAGACAAGCGUCCCACCACCAGCAGCUCCUUCACAGGCUUCCAGCCCCUUCCACUUGCCCGCCGUGACUCCUCCCUAAAGCGCCUGACCCGCUGGGGAUCCCAGGGCAACAGGACCCCCUCACCCAGCAGCAGUGAGCAGCAGCUGAAGUCCCUCAAUGGUGGGGAGGAGGCUCCCAUCUCGGCUUCUACCCCUCAGGAAGAUAAACUGGACCCACCACCGGAAAAUUAGCCUCUGCUAUCCUCUCCACCCCCAACCUCAUACCCACCAGAACCUGGCCACAGCUGGCCUGUGGGUGAUGCCAGUCCCUGCAGAAGAGGGAGCCAAGGACCUGGUGCCAGGAGCCCAGGCCCGCCAACCAUGCAGCAGUCCAGAAUGGAGCCUAGUUUAUUUUUGGCACGAGCCCUAGGCCCCUGACCGCUGAGGCUGUCUGUGAUGUUGAUCCUUGAGAAUUUGAUCCUGUAUCUUAACCCCAAGGACCCUAUGCCCUGGGCUGGAAAAGAGAGCAAACAAGCAAGCAAGCCAAUGGCAUGUGCCCUCAGACUGCCACCAAGCUGUAGAGGCACAAUUUCUAAAUAAACACUGCCCUUGGAAUGAA